AUGAGUCGCUCGAUAGAGCAGAACCUGCUCUCUCUUAUGCCCACGCACAGCUCCCAGCUUCCGCCGCGCCUUGUGGACACUGCCCGCACCCUCCUGACACAGUCUCGUCAGCGAGCUAGCACUCUAAAGGCCGAUGAAGAGGUCGCGAGGAUGUAUGCGUGUGCGCACAUUGCCUGCGAGAGGCUAAAAAUCACCUUAAACCUCCCACCUAUUGAACCGAGACCGCCGAUACCUCCGCGUGUCUACAAGCGAUUAUACACCCAUCUCGACAAUAUCCUUCCAGGCCGGCAGGUAAGAAGCACACCUUCGAAACCCAAACAGGGCCUUAGCUCGCCUGCAUUAGGGAGCGCUAUCAAGUCAGUUCCGAAUCAAGGCUUCGACAGGUCUGUGUCCCGCUCUGCGAGGAAGGUCUCGGCCACGGAUAUCACUCUCGUAGAUACACCGACGAAAUCCACCGGUAGGGGGUUCGUAAAGUCGAUUCAGCCACAGGUCGGCCUGCACCCCUGGAUCCGCGGCGUUCUCGCUUUCCUGGUCGCGGAGUUCCGAAGGGAGGACUACGGCAAAUUUGUUCUUGCAGGUGUCGAGUACGCCAUCGCGCCAGGCGGUAGGAGGACCAACGAUAAGUGGAUAUCCUCGCAUCUCCCGGCCACGGUUGCUGCGAUUUUUGUGGUCGCCAUGGACAGACUAGCAACGAUACUCGGUAGUGUAGAGCCCGAUGUCGAGUCCUUGGUCGACAUUAUGAAGAAGACCCUGGACAUUAUGAACCACGCCCGGGAAGCGCUUGAUGUAAAGGGCCUAACGGAAGCGGAGUUUUGGGAUGGGUGGACGAAUCCUAAGCUCCCUGACGUGGGGACGGCAAUCAAGCGUGUGAGAGAAGACUGGAUUGAUGCCGAUUGGUAUCUGGCUCUCGAAGACGUAGCGUCGGAGAACGUGCAGCGAGCCAAGAGUAAGGGGAAGGGCCGCCAGCGACGGGAUGUGCGGGAGACGAUGGGGAUUCAUAAGGCUGAUACUCUGCAUCAGCCGAGGUAUAACUACUUGAGUGAGAAACGGCAGGAGGAGUAUAAGGUGUGGCUACAGAGCGUCGCUGGCCGCCUUGCUGAUCAAGGCGCUGGCGAUUUGGACGACCUCGAGACGGAACUUGGCCUCCGCACCGUGGAUUAG